AUCCGAUUCAGUCUUGUUUGGACCGUCGAGCGAUCGAGAACCGGAUUUCAACGUUAGUCGGCGAAUCGCGAGAGCGUGUGUGUAUUUGUGUGUGAACGUUGUUUUGGGACACCGAUACGGAUACGGGUACGGAUAUACGGAUAUACGGCAGCGGUACGCGAUUAGCAAUCCCCCAACCGGUUGCAGUGGUGCUGGUGCACCUUCAAAUAAGUGAAUAAUAGUGUUUCAAGGUAUCUGAAAGAUAGCCAAGAGCAGAGCAAAGUAGCUGUGUUUGUGUGUGCGGUGCUUUUGUGCGGAGUCGCCACCCCCGUGGAUUAGUGGCACCCUGCUGCAAAUAGCCCACCACUUUCACUGAGUGUGAUAGUGUGUGUGUAAACAAUUAAAAAUUGCAUUUAAACAACAAUCAGCAUCAGUAGUAGCUAUAACGAUAACUCGGGCGUGCCAAAACCGCAGCGAAGGGUGCUUUUCGGUGAAUUUUUGCGUAAAAUCGAUAGCCAGAUAGACCCUCUUUCUACUGCCAACCAACCUCACACAACCCGCUCCGCGGAAACACGGCAUACGGAAUGAAUAUGCCCAACGAACGCCUCAAAUGGCUAAUGCUGUUUGCAGCUGUUGCCCUUAUUGCUAAUGGUCGUCAGACCCUGGCUGCCAAUCCCCCCGAUGCCGACCAAAAAGGACCAGUCUUCCUAAAGGAACCCACCAACCGCAUUGACUUCUCCAACUCCACGGGCGCAGAGAUCGAGUGCAAGGCCAGCGGCAACCCCAUGCCCGAGAUUAUCUGGAUCCGCAGCGACGGUACCGCAGUGGGUGAUGUUCCCGGAUUGCGUCAGAUCUCAUCCGACGGCAAGCUGGUCUUCCCUCCGUUUCGCGCCGAGGACUACCGCCAGGAGGUCCAUGCCCAGGUGUACGCCUGCCUGGCCCGCAACCAGUUCGGAUCCAUCAUCUCCCGGGACGUACAUGUGCGAGCCGUUGUGCCACAAUCCUACACUGUCAAUGUCAUGGAUGAGUCCAUACUGCGUGGCAAUAGCGCCAUCCUAAAGUGCCACAUUCCCAGUUUUGUGGCCGAUUUCAUAGUGGUCGACUCGUGGGUGGAGGACGAGGAGCAAGUUAUCUAUCCUCAGGAGGAUAUCGCGGAAAGCGAUGGAAAGUAUCUGGUAUUGCCCUCUGGAGAACUGCACAUCCGUGAAGUUGGACCCGAGGACGGAUACAAGAGCUACCAGUGCCGAACUAAGCAUCGUCUGACUGGAGAAACCCGACUAAGUGCCACAAAAGGACGUUUGGUCAUCACAGAACCCAUUGGCUCUGUCCCGCCAAAAAUCAACAAUAUCAACGACAAGUUUCAACUGAUGCAGGUUAAAUUGGAAACCACUUUUGCGAUGCAAUGCCCCGGUCAGGCUUAUCCUGUGCCAGUCGUUAGAUGGUACAAGUUCAUCGAAGGAACAACCCGCAAACAAGCUGUGGUGUUAAAUGAUCGAGUGAAGCAGGUCUCUGGCACUCUCAUUAUCAAGGACGCAGUAGUCGAUGACUCCGGCAAAUACCUGUGCGUGGUGAACAAUUCCGUGGGAGGCGAGAGCGUUGAGACCGUGCUUACCGUCACUGCUCCCUUAUCCGCUAAGAUCGAUCCCCCCACCCAGACAGUAGACUUCGGACGUCCAGCCGUAUUCACCUGCCAAUACACUGGAAACCCCAUCAAGACCGUCAGCUGGAUGAAGGACGGCAAGGCCAUCGGACAUAGCGAACCUGUGCUGCGCAUCGAAUCCGUGAAAAAGGAGGACAAGGGCAUGUACCAAUGCUUCGUAAGAAACGACCAGGAAUCUGCGGAGGCUAGUGCUGAGCUGAAGCUUGGAGGCCGUUUCGAUCCUCCUGUCAUCCGACAGGCAUUCCAGGAAGAAACCAUGGAACCCGGACCAAGUGUGUUCCUCAAGUGCGUCGCCGGUGGAAACCCCACGCCUGAAAUUUCCUGGGAACUGGACGGGAAGAAAAUCGCCAACAACGACCGCUAUCAGGUUGGACAGUAUGUGACGGUUAACGGAGAUGUGGUUUCUUAUCUGAAUAUAACCUCGGUGCACGCCAACGACGGCGGCCUCUACAAGUGCAUAGCCAAGAGCAAAGUGGGCGUGGCUGAACACUCGGCUAAGUUAAAUGUAUAUGGACUUCCCUACAUCCGACAAAUGGAGAAGAAGGCGAUUGUUGCUGGAGAAACCCUGAUUGUCACCUGUCCUGUAGCUGGCUACCCCAUCGAUUCUAUUGUCUGGGAGCGAGAUAACCGUGCCCUGCCCAUUAAUCGCAAACAGAAGGUCUUCCCCAACGGAACGCUAAUAAUCGAGAAUGUGGAACGGAACUCAGACCAGGCGACCUACACUUGUGUGGCCAAGAAUCAGGAAGGAUAUUCCGCUCGCGGAUCUCUGGAAGUUCAAGUCAUGGUGCCCCCCAAACUGGCUCCCCUGCCCGUGAAUUCGCCCCUAUACGUGGGCGACUACUACCAGUUGACCUGCGCGGUGGUGCACGGCGACGCACCCUUCAACAUUACGUGGUACUACAACAACGAACCCGCCGGAGACUUGGCCGGGGUCACCAUCCUGAUGCACGGCCGGCGCAGCAGCUCGCUGAACAUCGAGAGCGUGGGGGGUGAACACACGGGCAACUACACCUGCAAGGGCGCCAACCGGGCGGGCGAAACCACAGCAGAGACCCACCUGAGCGUCAAGGUACCUCCUAGAUGGAUCCUCGAGCCCACCGAUAAAGCCUUCGCCCAGGGUUCCGAUGCCAAGGUGGAAUGCAAGGCUGAUGGCUUCCCCAAGCCCCAAGUCACAUGGAAAAAAGCAGUUGGCGACACCCCCGGAGAGUACAAGGAUCUGAAGAAAAGCGACAACAUCCGCGUGGAAGAGGGCACUCUGCAUGUGGACAAUAUCCAGAAGACCAACGAGGGCUACUACCUGUGCGAGGCUAUCAAUGGAAUAGGCUCCGGCCUCUCGGCAGUGAUUAUGAUUAGCGUUCAGGCCCCUCCGGAGUUCACGGAGAAACUGCGCAACCAGACCGCUCGACGAGGAGAACCCGCCGUACUCCAAUGCGAGGCGAAGGGCGAGAAGCCCAUUGGCAUCUUGUGGAACAUGAACAACAUGAGACUGGACCCCAAGAACGACAAUCGCUACACCAUUCGCGAGGAGAUCCUGUCCACCGGAGUUAUGUCCAGCCUAUCGAUCAAGCGCACCGAGAGGUCCGACUCCGCCCUGUUCACCUGUGUCGCCACUAAUGCCUUUGGUUCCGACGACGCAAGCAUAAAUAUGAUAGUCCAGGAAGUUCCAGAGAUGCCCUAUGCCUUGAAGGUGCUCGACAAGUCCGGACGUUCCGUGCAGCUGAGCUGGGCCCAACCCUACGAUGGCAACUCCCCUCUGGACAGGUACAUCAUUGAGUUCAAGCGUUCCCGUGCCUCCUGGAGCGAAAUUGAUCGCGUCAUUGUGCCCGGACACACCACAGAAGCCCAAGUGCAAAAGCUUAGCCCCGCCACCACCUACAACAUUCGCAUCGUGGCCGAGAACGCCAUCGGCACAUCCCAAUCCUCCGAAGCGGUGACCAUCAUCACAGCCGAAGAAGCGCCCUCCGGCAAACCCCAGAAUAUCAAGGUAGAACCCGUGAACCAGACCACUAUGCGCGUAACCUGGAAGCCACCACCACGCACCGAGUGGAACGGAGAGAUCCUGGGCUACUACGUCGGAUACAAGCUGUCCAACACUAACUCGUCCUAUGUUUUCGAGACGAUCAACUUCAUCACCGAGGAGGGCAAGGAGCACAACCUGGAACUGCAGAACCUGCGCGUGUACACCCAGUACUCCGUGGUGAUCCAGGCCUUCAACAAGAUCGGAGCCGGACCACUGAGCGAGGAGGAGAAGCAGUUCACGGCCGAGGGAACGCCCAGCCAGCCACCCAGUGACACCGCCUGCACAACUUUGACCUCACAAACCAUCCGCGUCGGAUGGGUCAGCCCACCUCUGGAAUCCGCCAACGGAGUGAUCAAGACCUAUAAGGUUGUCUAUGCCCCCAGUGAUGAGUGGUAUGAUGAGACCAAGCGGCAUUAUAAGAAGACGGCAUCCUCCGACACCGUUCUCCAUGGCUUAAAGAAGUACACAAACUACACAAUGCAGGUCCUGGCAACAACAGCCGGAGGCGAUGGCGUCCGAAGCGUUCCCAUUCACUGCCAAACCGAACCCGAUGUUCCCGAAGCACCCACUGACGUUAAGGCUCUUGUUAUGGGUAACGCCGCUAUCCUGGUAUCCUGGCGCCCACCAGCACAACCCAACGGCAUUAUCACCCAGUACACCGUAUACUCUAAGGCCGAAGGCGCUGAAACAGAGACAAAGACUCAAAAGGUUCCCCACUACCAGAUGAGUUUCGAGGCCACUGAACUGGAGAAGAACAAGCCCUACGAGUUCUGGGUGACAGCCAGCACCACCAUUGGAGAAGGACAGCAGUCCAAGAGCAUAGUGGCCAUGCCCAGCGACCAGGUGCCCGCCAAGAUCGCCUCCUUCGACGACACAUUUACUGCCACCUUCAAGGAGGACGCCAAGAUGCCCUGCCUGGCCGUUGGAGCUCCCCAACCCGAGAUCACCUGGAAGAUCAAGGGCGUCGAAUUCAGUGCCAAUGAUCGCAUGCGCCUCCUCCCCGACGGAUCCCUGCUCAUCAAGUCGGUGAAUCGCCAGGAUGCCGGAGAUUACUCCUGUCAUGCUGAGAACUCGAUUGCAAAGGACUCCAUAACGCACAAGCUCAUUGUUCUGGCACCACCACAAUCGCCCCACGUCACCCUCUCGGCAACCACCACUGAUGCCCUGACUGUCAAGCUGAAGCCCCAUGAGGGAGACACUGCUCCUCUGCAUGGAUACACCCUGCACUACAAGCCAGAAUUCGGAGAAUGGGAAACAUCAGAAGUGUCUGUGGACUCACAGAAGCACAAUAUUGAGGGACUCCUGUGCGGCUCCCGCUAUCAGGUCUAUGCCACAGGAUUUAAUAACAUUGGAGCCGGCGAAGCGUCUGACAUUUUGAACACCCGAACCAAGGGACAGAAGCCCAAGCUGCCCGAGAAACCUCGCUUCAUUGAAGUGUCAUCGAACUCCGUGUCCCUGCACUUCAAGGCCUGGAAAGAUGGAGGAUGCCCCAUGUCGCACUUUGUGGUGGAGAGCAAGAAGCGUGAUCAAAUUGAGUGGAAUCAAAUUUCGAACAACGUUAAGCCCGACAACAACUACGUAGUUUUGGACCUGGAACCCGCCACCUGGUACAAUCUCCGCAUUACUGCCCACAACUCGGCUGGCUUCACCGUGGCCGAGUACGACUUUGCCACCUUAACCGUUACCGGAGGCACCAUCGCGCCCCUGGACGACGGAUCCAGCCACGGCAACGUACACACCCGCAUCCGCCUGCCCGCCUGGAUGCCCGAGUGGCUCGAUCUCAACUUCAUGGUGCCUCUGAUCGCCACCGUGGUCGUGGUGGCUGUGGGCAUCUGCGUGGUGUGCGUCGCACUCUCCCGGAGGCGAGCGGAUGACAUGCGCGGCGGCCAGAAGGACGUGUACUACGAUGUAGUUUACAAUCAGACAAUGGGACCCGGCGCCACCCUGGACAAGCGUCGUCCGGACCUGCGGGACGAGCUCGGCUACAUCGCCCCGCCCAAUCGGAAGCUGCCCCCCGUUCCCGGAUCCAACUACAACACCUGCGACCGGAUUAAGCGAGGCCGCGGUGGCCUGCGGUCCAACCACUCGACCUGGGACCCUCGGCGAAAUCCCAACCUGUACGAGGAGCUGAAGGCCCCUCCAGUGCCGAUGCACGGCAACCACUAUGGCCACGCCCAUGGCAAUGCCGAGUGCCAUUAUAGGCAUCCAGGCAUGGAAGAUGAAAUCUGCCCCUAUGCCACGUUCCACCUGCUCGGAUUCCGCGAGGAAAUGGACCCCACCAAGGCCAUGAACUUCCAGACCUUCCCCCACCAGAACGGACACACAGGCCCAGUUCCCGGACACGCGGGCACUAUGCUCCCACCAGGACAUCCAGGACACGUGCACUCCCGCUCCGGAUCGCAGUCGAUGCCUCGGGCCAAUCGAUACCAGCGAAAGAACAGCCAGGGCGGGCAGUCCUCGAUCUACACGCCAGCUCCUGAAUACGAUGAUCCCGCCAACUGUGCCGAAGAGGACCAAUAUCGACGAUACACCCGCGUAAACUCGCAAGGCGGCAGCCUGUACUCCGGACCCGGACCCGAAUACGACGAUCCCGCCAACUGCGCCCCUGAGGAGGACCAGUACGGCUCCCAGUACGGAGGACCCUAUGGACAGCCCUAUGAUCACUACGGUUCUCGAGGAUCUAUGGGACGUCGCAGCAUCGGCUCUGCUCGCAAUCCUGGCAAUGGAUCACCCGAACCUCCACCACCACCACCACGCAACCACGAUAUGAGCAACUCCUCAUUCAACGACUCCAAGGAGAGUAAUGAGAUCUCAGAGGCAGAGUGCGAUCGUGACCACGGACCACGCGGAAACUACGGAGCAGUGAAGCGAUCUCCACAACCGAAAGAUCAGCGCACCACCGAAGAAAUGCGUAAACUGAUAGAAAGAAACGAAACCGGCCCAAAACAACUCCAACUCCAACAAGCAAAUGGCGCAGGAUUCACAGCCUACGAUACUAUGGCAGUGUAAUUUGUAAGCGCCUCCUGCGGCGGUGGGCGUGGCAUUUUAGCUUAGUGUUUUAGCUGCAUGAAGUGCGUGGGAGUUGAAUGACACUCAGACACACAGGACACAGAGACACACAGUCAGAUCAUCAGAACACUAGGAGAGAGAAGGAGUUAUAUACCGCAUAUACACGUAAAAUAUUCAACUACUUCAAGUAAUUAUAACGAAGGAAUGCAAGUUUCAUGAAACAUAUUUAUAUUGUCUAUGCAAGCAGCAAACCAAACAUACAUAAAGUAUAUAAGUACGUUCAUAUAAAUAACUACUAUAAGAGUGUGCAGGAAGUACUAAGGGAAAUUACUAAAGUUAUUCGAGAGAUGGUGCAAGCACAGCCCGAAAAAACAGAAAACACUUACGUAUUCGAACUAAUUUUCAAUAAUGUACUUUAGUUUUAAGCGGUGUCUACCGAAAUAUUAGAGCAACAGCAACUGAAAUGGAUUCUUGUGUGUAAGAGGAGAUGAUUCGAAAUCUGUUUGUGUAAACUUUUGCCAUCUUCAUAUGCCAGGAGCGGAAAAAUCAUCCUUUGCCUAGCCUAAGUCAAAGUCAUAAUAUUAACUCAUCUAAUUAAUAUAUAUUUAGUCGUAACAUAUGCGAUAGUAUGAUUUUUUCCUAUGCAUUUUGUAAUUCGUAUGGACAGCGCACAUUUGGAGUUUUGUUUGCGUUGACUUGUGAUGAUUGUUAAUUUGUAGAGCUUUGUGAACCGGUAAUUGUACUCUGUACUUGCUUUGUUCUUUAUUUACAGACAAGUGAUUGUCUUAUCUAAGUUCGCCUUUAUUUUUAAUUCAAAAAUGCGCUUCCAACUGAACAAAUCGAAACUGUUCAAUGCACAAAUCGCAGCCACAAUAAAUGAAUGUAUUAUACAAGAUCCACGGGACACCUGAAAGCCACACAGACACACUCAAGCAGGAUUUAUUAAACCAAUUCUGAUAUAUACCGUUCUGAACAUGAGUUAUACGCAUUUAAAGCUUUAAGAGAACCUGAAAUUGUUUAUUUCACUUCAUUUGAUCUUAAGUUAUUAGUUCAUAAGUUGCCAAAUAUAUGAUUUUGAUUUUUUUUAAUUCAUUACAUUCGCUCUGGGUUAAUUAUUGUUUUUGGGUUCCGCCCAUUGCGGCCAGAAAUCCGUGGAGAUACCACCAACACUACAAAGACUGACUAAUGCAAGCUAAAAACGAAACCGGGUCAAUCCAAGUUUUGCAGACUGAAACCGAUGCAAUGGAGCUGAAAAAUAUGCAGUAUUUUGCUCAAUACGUAGAAUAGCAGGGCAUUUUCGGGGUAAUCCACGAUGUUUCAGCAGCGCACUGCCACGAGAUCGGAACUGGAUUUUGAUCCUCGUCCCUUAAGCACAUCACGAACUGCAUUUAACCAAUGGGAGACGAAAACAGUCAGGUUUAUCAGGCUUAUUAUUUCUUUUCAAUCUCCUUCGGUUCCCACUUAACCUAUCCAAGCUAAUACUCACUCUUACCCAGACUAUACCAGUUUUAUAUAGAUAUAUAUGUACGUAUAUAUAAAUGUAGUGUUGUGAAAAAAUAAGAUUGCUUACCUAUAUGAGUGUACUACAAAUUUUCAUGGCAAACGAACUACAAAUAUUAAGUAGUGUAUAGUAAAGGCAAUGGCAUUUAAUCAAUAAGCAAAUGAAAGAAAUACACCUACAAAUUUUCAAGUAAUUAAAAUAGCAAGCAAUAUUCUAGAGCCAAAGAAACGUUGGAUUUCAGCAAUUGUAACGAAUAAACUCGAAUUUAAUUACACUCGUAAAAUUUAUAAACUUUUCGGCAAAUCAAAAUCAAAACAAAAACUUUUGGCAUUAAAAAGAAAACGAAAUAUUUAACAAAGCGGUUUGAAAAAGAAACCACUUAAGAUAAGUACGAUAAUAUAACAUAGUCCAUUUUUCAUACUAUAAAUCAAGCAGGAAUAACGAUUCCGAGUCGUAUGCUUUUUGAGUUGCUUCAUUGUCAAAAAUGAAUAAGGCGAAAAUUCACGUUUUGCAUUCAUCAAAAGGCGCUUCAUAUUUGUAAUUAUUUAAGCGAUAAGCGUUCAUGCAUAUACAAACAUAUACAAAUAAUUUUUUACUUAACUUUACAUAAAACGCAUUAAUCAAAAUUUAACUCCCAAGAAACAUUAACCAGAAGGUCAGACAAAAAACAUUAGACACUCACAUACGAAGGACAUUCAACUUCAACGCACAUCAGGCUCGACAUCGAGGAAAACUAAGCACGAUCAGCACACAUUUGAAUUCUGUAACCAAGAGGACAGGCAGUUUAAAACGCAUUUAUACUAAUCACUCGCUCCUUCUUAACAGAACGAAUAUUAUACGAAAUUAAGAGAGAAUAAAUACCCCAGUGGAAACAUUCGUAACCAUUAAGCGCGGCAUAUACGGUAAACCCCAAAUUGAAUACUACAAAUAUGUGUAUUACUAAUUACAUUUACGAAAGCAUACAUAUACAUAUUAACUAUAUUAAAUAUUAAAUGUAUUGAAUUGACAACAGCCGGCAUGCCCGGGAAUUACUACUCUGAACCGCUCCAUGUGGAACGGAUUGGUAGUCCCGCCCAAAACUCGAGCAGUUUGCAUGUCCGACCAGCGAACAAAGAAUUUGUCAGUUUCCAGUUUCAGU